GUUGUCACAGAAUUUUCUCUUCACCACUCAGUCAUAUCUACUUACACAAGCAGUCCAGCAGUCAACAAAGAAGAAAUUUCUUUUUCCGGAGACAAAGAGAGAUUUCCCACAGUGUAGUUUUGCCAGCUGCAGUUUCUUCAGCUCACCCAGUCCCUGAGAGACUACAAUUCUCUGGAAAGACAAUCUAUCCACGUUCCAAAAUGCAAAAUAAAGGAGGCAUGCGGGUCAUGUAGGAAGAACGAGAAUAGCUGAAAGAAGUCUAGCUUUGUCACAGAAGUCACUUACCUUCUCCCUUUGAGGCAUUUUUUUAACAGUGAACCCACAUUAAGUAUAUUAUACUCCCUGAAGCACAUAAAGAAGCCAGACUAUGUGACGACAGGCAUUGUACCCGACUGGGGAGACAGCAUAGAAGUGAAGAAUGAAGAUCAGAUUCAAGGGCUUCGUCAGGCUUGUCAGCUGGCGCGACAUGUCCUCCUCCUGGCUGGGAAGAGUUUAAAGUUUGAGAGCAAUUGGAUGCCUCCUAAUAAGAGAGAAAUACUUUUUAAGAACACAGUGGAUUUACUUAGGUCUGAAAGAAAGCAAGAUUCGUGAAAACCAAAUUUCUACAAUAUGUAUCAGACUGAGUUUUUAAAAUAAUGAUCCAUAAUCUUCCCAUCAUUGCUGCAAAACCCAUGCAAGGUUUCACUGAGAUAAAAAGGUGUGGGUCGACCUACUUUUUCAAGCUUUGUCAUCUAAACUGAAGCUACUUUUGAGAAUUUAUUUAUAUGCUUCAGCUAGCCUGAGGCACUAACCCUUGAGGAAGAGGAAGGAAUUGCUUAGGAACAUAUUUGUGAAGUGUUCAGGCUCAAAAGGAAUCAUGUCAUUUAAUGACUCACAGAUAAUUUAAAGGAUCUUAGGGCUUACAACUUCCAUUUCCUCACAGCCCAUAACACCAUCAUAUACCCAAAUGACUGUCAAAAAGGCACAACUUAAAUAUUUCAGGUUAAUUGCCAUUAAUCAAAAUGUUCUAUCACAAGUUUAUCACAGUAAAUCUGGACAGUCUCAUCUGAGAGUGCUGUAGCUAUAGACAUGGUCAGCGAGGGCAGGAAAUGUCUUCAACUGUUGCUGCACAAUUUCUUUAUUUAAUAUUUUAGGUUGACAUGACAACUGAAGAGAUAGAUGCUCUUGUCCAUCAGGAAAUCAUCAGUCAUGAUGCUUAUCCCUCACCUCUAGGCUAUGGAGGUUUCCCAAAAUCUGUUUGUACCUCUGUAAACAACGUGCUCUGUCAUGGUAUUCCUGACAGCCGACCUCUUCAGGAUGGAGAUAUUAUCAACAUUGAUGUCACGGUCUAUUACAAUGGCUACCAUGGAGACACGUCCGAAACGUUUUUGGUGGGCAAUGUGGAUGAGUGUGGUAAAAAGUUAGUGGAGGUUGCCAGGAGGUGUAGAGAUGAAGCAGUUGCAGCUUGCAGAGCGGGGGCUCCCUUCUCUGUAAUUGGAAACACAAUCAGCCAUAUAACUCAUCAGAAUGGUUUGCAAGUCUGUCCACAUUUUGUGGGGCAUGGGAUAGGAUCUUACUUUCAUGGACAUCCAGAAAUUUGGCAUCAUGCAAAUGACAGCGAUCUACUCAUGGAGGAGGGAAUGGCGUUCACCAUAGAACCAAUCAUAACCGAGGGAUGCCCUGAAUUUAAAGUCCUGGAAGAUGCCUGGACUGUGGUCUCCGUGGAUAAUCAAAGGUCCGCCCAGUUCGAGCACACAGUUCUCAUCACGUCGGGGGGCGUGCAGAUCCUGACCAAACUGCCCCAGGAGGCCUGAGGAGCCGCCCGAGGGUCGCAGAGGCCGGGCGCUUUUUUUCCUAAAUUGCUGAAAUCCAGCUGGAGAACUUUCAGAAGACACAGGCGAACCGGAGAUCACGCAGUAACCAACCUAGCUUAUAGGCUUGGAAAAACCCGGUGGGGAUUGGGGGCAGUUGGGAACUCAGAUCUCAAGCCCUGCCUUGGCUGCACGGCUUCGGAGAAACCGCAGCUCGGCUUCCCACCGCGGGAAACGAUUAUGGGCGG